AAGAGAUCGAAGUAUUCGAACGCAUGUAAACAGUGCUGUCGAGGAGGAUGUUGUUUACACUAAAAAGUGCCGAGUUUGUGGAAAAGUGUAACCUUCAGCACAUUCUUUAAAUAAAGACACCAUCGAAUAGGCGAUCUGUAAGCUAGGAACUGAGCCAUAAUAGGAAAUCUUCAGAAGAAACAUGAACCUCGAGUAUUGAAGAACAAAAUCAAGUUCCACUACACAUGGUAUCUGUGUCAUUGAAGGAUAAGGGUAAAAAUACUGAGGCAGCUGUUUAGGAUUUCCUCAGAAAUUGUAGUUGCUUGUAAAACACAGGAGGUUAAAGGAUUACAGUCGUGGGUUGAGUCUCUUCUUCUCUGUAGUUCAAAAUGUCAGAACGGAAAGUUUUAAACAAGUAUUAUCCUCCUGAUUUUGACCCUUCUAAGAUCCCCAGGGCAAGAUGCCCCAGAAACAGACAAUUUACUGUCCGUUUGAUGGUUCCCUGUAAUAUCAAGUGUCAUACGUGUGGUGAAUAUAUUGCCAAAGGAAAAAAAUUUAAUGCGCGAAAAGAAGACGUGGAAGACAUGACUUACCUAGGAGUUCGUAUAUACAGGUUUUACAUAAAAUGCCCUGGUUGUCUCGCUGAGAUUUCUUUCAGAACAGACCCAGAAAGUACCGAUUAUGUCAUUGAAGCAGGUGCCCACAGAAAUUUUCAGGCACUGAAAUUGGCUGAAGAGCAGGCAGCUAGGGAAGAAAGAGAAGCCAAAGAAGAAAUAGAGUCCAACCCAAUGUUACUCUUGGAAAAUCGCACACAGCAAUCCCAGUAUGAGAUGGAAGUUCUUGAGUCUUUGGAGGAUCUUCGUGACAUGAAUGAGCGUCAUGCUGGCAUCGAUUUAGGGAAGAUUACUGAAAAAUAUGAAGAGGAAAGAAAGAUGACACAAGAACAACGUGAAGAAGCUGAGAAAUUGGAGGCAUUGAAAGCCUUGGGUUAUGAAAUGAUUGAGGGACAGAUGGUCAAGCGAGUUGCACCUGAGGAUUUGUUAGAAAGUCAGCCCUCAAAAAAACUGAAGCCAUUGGUUGAAAAUACCACCAAAACACAUCAGAUAACACCAGCCAACAAACAUAUAGAUGUCCCCAGAAAGAAUACAAUGAAGUCAAAACUUACAGGAUUGAUUAAAGUAAAGGGUGAUAAAGAUUCCAGCAAAGGUGAGAAGAGCAAUGAAAAUAAAGCGAAUAACUCAGAAAUCCCGAAAGAACAAGACAAAGGUAAGGAAUUGGCAAAAGGCAGUUCAUCAGAUUUACCAGAACCACAAGUAGGGUCAACUCUCUCCUCAAAAUCUGUUGCGACUCUUCUAUCAAGUAAAGCCAAUGCUACAAAAACACCCAGUGGAGUUGCUGCACAAAAGCCAUUAAAUGGACUGUCCUUUUUAGGGGCAUAUUCUGAUUCAGAAUCUGGGGAAGAGAGUACCUGAGUAUGAAGUAAAGGUUUCUUGUUGUAUAUUCAUAGAAUCCUGUAUAUAUUACCAGUGUUAAAAGCAGAGAUAAGUGAUUUGUUUAUGACAGUUAGUUCUGCUGUUGCUUUUUAUAUACUUUUAUCAUCAUCCACAUUGCCUUCAGUGCCACACGACUCAAAGGGCCUCUGUGAAAUUCUGCCACUCGGCCACUCAUCUCCAGCCUGCCUUCUCACAGUGCUUAUCUAAGUAGAUUAGGGUCUUCCAACUCUUCUGGUGCCAACAGGAACAAAGCUGACAUUACCACAUAUUUUUAACUCCUAUUACUCUUUUUGAAGCUUUAUUUGCAAAUUGGCAAACUCUUUUAAGAAAAAGUUUCAUUUACAUAAUAUGAUUCAUGUACAUAUAGCAGUACAGAUUGCACAAGACUUAUCUUAUUUUUUUAUUUGUAUGCAGUUUCAGUCUUAUUUGGUUUGCAUUUUAAAGGCUCACUAAACUCCAGCUCGAAAGAUCUUGUGCUGGAUUUCAGUGUUUUUUUAAUAUUUAAGUACUUUAUAUAUAUGUAUAUUAUAGAUGAUUAGUACUGCAUGUAUUUAUGUUACAUUUGUGUUUUGUUUAUUUACCUCCUGCUUAAAAAACAUUUUGGCCAGUGCUAAAUAUUGCACUUCAAGAUUAUGAAAUUAAAUGCAUUCAACAAGCAGUAUUAUUUUACUUCUAUGCUGAAUCAUGAGAUUGGCCAGUGAACCUUGCUUAGGCCCCGUCCACACGGUGGAGCUUUGGUUGACGAACUUUGUCCAAUGUGACGUCAGAAGCGGAGAAACAGCGGGAAAAGUCAGAACUUUACCGCAGUUUCUCCGCUUCUGACGUCACAUCGAACAAAGUUCAUCGAGCAAAGCUCGGCCGUGUGGACGGGGCCUUACUUUGCCCUCAAGCAUAGUAAUAGAGUGAAUUCCUUAACAACUUGGUUCCUUAAGCAUACCCUUCAACCAUCAUUUUGUUUCUUCCUACAGGUGGAGUUGCAUUUUCAUGAUUAUUACUUAUUGUUUGAUAAGCAGACAAACCAAGUCAUGCCGUCAUUGUCAAUCAGUGACUGAUUCUAGCUGAAGAAAGGUUUAGUAUGGUAUUUCUUUUUAUAUACAUAUGUGUAUAUAUAUAUACACAGUGGACCACGUAUUCGCGGACUCACACAUUCACGGAUUUCUCUCUGGAAUAUUUCUCCCCAUUAUUCGCAAUUCGCUGUAUUUUUCUAUGAGAAAUAUCCACAAAUUCCUGGUUUUUUAUUUAUAUAUUUAUUUAUUUUUAUUUUUUUAUCAUCAUCAUAAAAUGCACUUUUUGUGAUAAAACUAUGUAAAAAACCAGGUAUACAAAUUUUUUGUGGGAUUUUCUUGAGUUCUAACUGACAAAAUAAGAGGUUUUAAGCAUUUUAAUAGGGGUUCCAACUGUUUGUGGGUUCUAACUAUUCGCGGGGGGUGUUCUAGUAUGCAACCCCCCCGCAAAUAUGGGGGACCACUGUAUUAUAUGUGUGUGUAUAUAUUAAAAUGUACCUAUCAUCAUGCGAGCAAUAAUCUGCAGCAUGAGGAACCAGAUUGUAGUCGCACUUGCUUUCUCACAUGACACCAGAAAAGCUGAAAGACUUGUCACUCCUACCUCAUGAACCCUUUAUCACAAAUGCUGAUGUUCAUAUAAUCUUUCGUUGAUCAAAGUAAAGUUUAUCAUUUCAUCCUCACAGCUGUUUUUAGCUUCUUUUUUCCACCUCCUCUGAACUGUGAGGUCCAAUCCAGUCAUUUCUUUGGAUAUCUGAGGUCCUUCAAACCAUUUACAUUUUCUAACCACCACAGCUGUCCCUUUUCAACAAUAAACUGUCGGUUUACUUCCAAAGACACCUUGUUGUAUUAUUUGUUUAUAUUUCUUAUAGCUUUUAUUAUUACAAUUUUGAUGUUGGUUAAAUGAUUAUGAAAAUUGUAAAUAUACUGCAGUAUUUAUUUCUUA